CUCCUUCCCACCGCGCAACCAUGCCGCCUUUCAAGGAUGAACAGAUUAUCAUUAUCUCGCCCGGCUCCACCACGACGCUCGCGCAGCUCGGCCUGCCCGAGUCGCUGACGCCCGCGCGUUUGCGCAUCAAGUCGCGCAUGUUCCCCGCGGAAAAGGAGGGCGAAUGGGAGCCGUACAAGGUCCGCAGGAAGAAUGGCGGCAAGCCCGUGUCGCAGGAGGAAACCGACGAAACGAAUGACAUGAAGAAGAGCUUGGGCGAGUCCGAGGAAGAGGUCAUAUUCGAGGAAGACCACCUCUCCGACGAGGGCGCCGUAUGGCCAAUGGUCGAGGGCAGGGUUGUCAACUGGCCCUGUUUCUACGCGCUCAUGACGCACGUCUACAACACCCUCAGCCCGCCCUUCCAUACGCCGAUAUUGCUCGUCGGGCAGCCCGUCUGGACGCCCAAGGAUAAGGAAAGACUUACGCAAUUCUUCUUUGAGAAGUUUAAGAUGCCUGCUUUUACCAUCCUAGACUCUGCGACUGCCACGGCCUAUGCGUAUGGCAUACACACGACUACCGUUGUCGAUAUUGGCCUGGACAAGGCGGACAUCACGGCCAUCAGCGAUUUUGUGAUGCACGAGACUGGGAGGACGGUUGCUUUGCCCGAAUGCGGUGGAGAAGCCAUGACUCAACGUUUGCUAGAACUGCUCGGCUCCAAGGGCUUCACCCGCGAAAUGUGCGAGCAGUUGAAGAGGAGCCCUAUUUGCGAGAUACUGCCUCCGAAUACACCACUUCCAGGCGCUGGUGAGGGUGCAGAGCCUCCCGUCAAUCCUGCUGCGGCUGCGUCUACCGGCGCAAGCGCGUCAGGGCCAGACUCCGCCGCGAACAUUGGAAAUGUUCCACGUGGACCAGGCCCCGACACGGAGGUUGGCGACGAGCAGAAAGGUGAUGAAGAGAAUGAGGGCGUGCUUGAUGUAGCCAACAUUGUCACGAGCGGCAAGAUGAGCGAGUAUCUGGCUAAACGGGAGAAGGACAAGGCGGAGAAGGUCGCGGCUAAGAAGAAAGGGACAGAGACUGCGCAGUCUGCUGCCAAGCCAAUGCGCUUACCAAACGUCAAGAGGGAGAAGGCAACGUUCCUCUACGAAGAUCAUGCGUUGUUGGAUGCACUCAAGGAUAUGAAUCUCGGGGGUCAAAAGAUGGCCGAGGCGCAGGCCGCGCUGGACGAGGGACCCAAGACGGCGGCGGAUGGUGAAAAUGUCACAAGCGGCGAAGCAGCCGCGAGCGAGGAGACAAAUGGUACAUCUACGGUGGUGGGCAAUGGUUCUUCACGCGGCCCCAUACGCCGCGAGAUUGAAGUGGGCACAGAACGGUUCCAAGCUGCAAGUGGAGGCGUGCUAGACCGUAUUGCCGAUGCCAUACAUCGCACCAUAUCCUCGGUCGAUGAAGUGAACAAACGGGGUGAGCUCUGGGAGUCCAUGAUCAUCGUUGGCAAUGGCGCCAAAGUUAGAGGAUUCAAGGAAGCGCUCAUCUCCACUUUGCAGUCGAAAUAUCUCAUUUCGCCGUCAUCGGCUACCAUCUUCACAUCAGAGCUUCCCUCCAACCUCUCUACACCUACGGGAACGGGCGCCAAUACGCCUCAGCCCCCCGGGUUCCAGCCCAGCAGCGGCGUGAAUCCGCUCCUGAUUGCUGCUACGACGGCGCAAAACCCUCAUAUGCUCCAUGCUGGCAUGCCCAACUCUCUAGUAUCUCUGGGCUCGCACAACACGCAUUCGUCUCACGGCCAAACACCAACCAGCAUCAAGACAGUGAAGGCGCCAGAGUACUUCCCCGAGUGGAAGGAGGUCGGGAUGGACGAGGCCAGUUUUCUGGGCGCGCAGGUGGCGGCCAAGGUCGUCUUCAUCGUCGACCAAGGGCUGGGCCAGGGUUACAUGACACGGUCAGAUUACAACGACCAGGGGCCGUCGGGCAUCCGGGAGGUGUGCUUGUGAAGCGGUUCAUUUAGCAAGGAAGGAGCAUGAGGAGUUGGGAUCCGAUUCAGGUUCAGAUGACUUGGCAUAGAGGAGUUGUAUUAGUAGCACAAAAGUGAUACCACAUGAUAUAAUUUUUUUG